AUGGACAAUUUCGAUAACCUGAGGGCACCUUUGUACACUGGGACUACAGACAUUCUCGGAUCUCAGUCUGAGCGUACAGGGAGGCGCUCUCAUAAGAUGAUGUCUGUCGCAAGGAGGAAGGAACCUGUUUGGCCACCUGCUCUUGAGGAGGCACUUCUCGAAGCACUCAGACUCUAUCGCCCUGUCUCAAAAAGCGGAAGGCCACUCCGCCGCUUUACGAAGAGAAAUUGCUUUAUUUCGAGGCAUAUCUUGAAGAAGACAGGCAAGAACCGGACACCCAAACAGGUUGGGAGCAGACUUCAGCAAAUAUCUGAGAGCUCUCCGGACGCUGAAUUGAAAAGGCUUAUCACUAGUCGAGAGUUCCAUCGCGACACGCAUUCUCCCCAGCUUAAUGCUCCGUCUUCUCACCCAAGCCCUUUGCUUGUGGCAAAUCCAUCAGAGUAUACUGCCUCUACUGCCUCCGAUAUUGGCUCCCCGGAGGCUGUAGUCAUGUCCACACAUUACGAACCUUCCCGCGAAAUUCGUCGGCUCGACAGAACACCAUCCUCGCCGCAUAGCUAUCCGCCCACUGAUUAUUCGGAGGACUCUGUGGCGUGUUACAAUAGCACUAGUCCUAGCGACUCUGUUUCUCUCCUUGUCGAGUUAAUUUCCGCGAACAUUGGAAACAGAGCGUCUGCACAGCUUGGCCUCGAUGCAGAUAUCAGCGACCAUGGCGUUGACUUUAUUUUGUCUCUUGUCAAUAACGAAAACUCUGGGAAUAUUUCUUCCUUCUACAACGCACGGAAGCUUUCGAACAUUCCCCCACAGAUUCUUGGCUCACAAGCACCUCAAAUAACGAUUCUUUCCCAAUUCCUGUCGCCUGAGGUCGCAUACCUGUGCACAUUCCGCGUCUACAUGGAUAAUUCGGCUCAGGUACACACGGAGAACACCCCUCUGCUGGCUUCUGUUGCACCCGCAGAGCAUCCCUCCGAGUCUCAUGUUUGGCGAGCGCAGCUACUUCCAGAAUACUGGGAGAGGCUCAGUAGCAGUCCAGCGCUUAGUCGUUAUACCAUCAUGCUCGAAAUAUCUGAGUUAUCAACGAUAAACCGACCAGAUUAUCCCCAUGGAAUGCCGUCUAGACCAAAGUUCUCCGUCGCAUUUAACUUCAAACCGUCUUCUAGGGAUGACUCUCCUACCACUUUCUACCCCAACACGACCUACGACGAGCCUGCUUUGAGUUCAGUCUUCCCUCAUUCCACAGUCCCCCUGCCGAUUAACGGCGGUCUUUCUGCAUCUUCUUCUAUCUCCAAUAUCUCAUCUCAAGAGCCGGAUUCCACGCGCACGUAUACCUGGUUUGAUCCCUCGGGAGCUUACCUUCCUUAUCCACUUUUUGGAGAUGGAACAGCUAACCUGGGGAACAACGAUCAGGAUAUGUCUUCGCCGUACGACUUUCCUCAGUUCUAA